CGGUCGCCCGCCAGCUUGUCGCUAAGUUCCCGCCGCCUCACUUAUUUCUGCUCAUUCCGGACGCCGCCUGAGCCCACCAUGUCCGCCAUUGACCCUUUCGUAGGAAGAUGGCGCUUGUCGGAGAGCAAAGGCUUUGAAGAAUACAUGAAGGAACUAGGAGUGGGAAUGGCUAUGCGAAAAAUGGGUUCAAUGGCCAAACCAGAUUGUAUCAUCUCUUCUGAUGGCAAAAACCUCACCAUCAAAACUGAGAGCACUUUGAAAACAACUCAGUUUUCAUGUAACCUGGGGGAGAAGUUUGAAGAAACUACAGCUGAUGGCAGAAAAACUCAGACUGUAUGUAACUUGACAAAUGGUGAAUUGAUUCAACAUCAAGAAUGGGAUGGCAAAGAAAGCACUAUUACAAGAAAAAUUGAAAAUGGGAAAUUAGUGGUGGAAUGCGUCAUGAAUAAUGUCACCUGUACUCGUGUCUAUGAAAAAGUAGAAUAAAAGAUUCCGUCAUAAAUUUGGACAUAAAUUAGCUGCAAAGAUGAACAUGCUCAGUUCAAUGAGCAAAUCUUCAUGUUUUUUUUUUUCUCAUUACUGUAUUAGCUGAUCUAUAUCACAACUAUUUUACAUUCAACUAUUUCAAAGUGUUUUAAUCAGCAUCAUCCUUUUGGUUAGUGAAUAAAUGUGUUUGUGCUAUA